GUUCAGAUCACGGUGUCUGGAUUGGAAAUCUUGCCUUUUCUGUCACGAAGGAUGAUCUGCGCACCUUCAUGACGAGCAACUGUUCCUUCGCGGACACGACCAUUACACGCAUACAUAUGCCCAAGGGCGCGGAAAAGUUCGGAAAAUCUCAGAACAAGGGCUUCGCUUAUGUCGACUUCUCCACUCAGAAGGCGGCCGAAGAGGCAAUUGGCCUCAGUGAGCAGCUCCUAACGGGUCGUCGUGUGCUUAUCAAGGAUGCAAAGAGCUUUGCUGGAAGACCAGACAAGCCCAAGGAAGACGGUCAAACGGGCUCUGCAGCAUCCGGUCAUGCCCCCUCCAAACGCAUAUUUGUCGGCAACCUCGGCUUUGACGCCACCAAAGAAGCCAUUGAGGAACAUUUCGCUCAAUGCGGUACUGUGGCUAAUGUACAUGUGGCGACCUUCCAGGACUCUGGCAAAUGCAAGGGUUACGCUUGGGUGGUGUUUGAGGAUCUUGCCGCAGCUGAAGCAGCGGUGAAGGGCUAUGUGCUAGUGAAAGAGGAUGAUGAGGAGGAAGACGACUCCGAACCAGAAGAGCGCAAAAAGCCCAGGAAGCCCCGGCAGAGGAAGAUUUGGGUGAACUUCCUUCUGGGACGGCGUCUGCGUAUGGAGUUCGCCGAAGACGCCACUACUCGCUACAAGAAACGGUUCGGAAAGGACGGCGAGGGCAAGAGAAAUAACAACUCAGAGACCGGCGAUGCCGAGGCCGGAGAAUUCGAAUCCACCGAAGAGCAGCCUCGCCAAGCACGACCUCCUAGAGCCAAGCAAGCGAAGCCCGAAUAUACAAGAUACGACCAGGACACAGUGCAGAAGCUUAGUGGUGCCAUUGUUGAAUCCCAGGGCAAGAAGACCACCUUCGAUUAAUGGUGAUCAGUAAAGCGAUGAGAGCAAGCAAGUGGACGACAGACAGGCUUCGAGGGUCGGGCGUUGGCCUUGAAUGAAGAACAAUACGGGAGGAAGACCCUCAACUGUAUACUCUGGCCGUUGAUUGUCAUCGAUAACGAGCGAGAUUGUGAGCUGGUCAAGCCUUGCAUGGUACGAGAGUCGCUUGUCGCUUUGUCUGAAAUGCACGGGAGGGAGGUGUUUCCUCGACUCCAUCCAUUGAACUGAUACCCCACCGUUUCUGCUGGUACGCAUAAGUACCGUGUAUGUAUAUAGACUUGUAGCAGAAGGGAAGGGGGAGGAGGGUGUGGAUCCAAGGCAGUUUGCAGGAAGACGGGAGUUAUACCCUUACGAUAUUUCGGAAUGAAAUU